GUCCUAAUAUAUGCUGGCGAACAGAAAAGGCUUUCAUGCACACACACAAGAUGUCACAAACAAACUCUUACAAAUAAGCCAACAUUCCAAUCCAAAUCCCUUUCAUCUCUUCAUUUUCCAACGCAUUUCACUCCAAUUCUACAUCAAUCAAGCCAUGAAACGCCAACUAUCCAGUUUCCAAAACCUCCACGAUCUCAAUUUCGAAGCAACCGAGCUCCGAUUAGGAUUACCGCAAACAAGUUGCAGAACAGAGCAACAACCAGCAGAAGGUAAUUCACAUUCACAAAUGUCCGCCAAGCAGAGCAAGAGCGAAUCCAGAUCCGGAGGAAGAACCGAUUCUAAUUCCAUUUCGACUUCCACUAAUUCUUCUUCAGAUGAUCAUGCCGAUCAUUGCCAUGAACACACGAAGACGCAAGUGGUUGGAUGGCCACCGGUGAGAUCGUACAGGAAGAAUGUGAUUAUUGAAACAGAGAAGAAGAAGAAGAAGAAGAAGAAGAAGAAGAAGGAGAUUGUGAAUAUGGAGUUAGGAUUAAUGAGUGGAAUGUAUGUGAAAGUGAGCUUGGAUGGAGCUCCAUACCUAAGGAAGAUUGAUCUCAAGCUUUAUCAAGGCUAUCAACAGUUGUUGGAUGCUUUGGAAGAGAUGUUCAACUUCAAAAUUGGGAGAAAUUCAGAAAGAGAAGGUUACGAUGGGCGUGAUUAUGUUCCAACUUAUGAAGAUAAAGAUGGUGAUUGGAUGAUGGUUGGAGACGUCCCAUGGAAUAUGUUUACUUCUUGCUGCAAGAGAAUGAGAAUGAUGAAAGCAUCAGAAGCCAGAGGGUUGAGUUGUUCAUAAUUUUGUAUUUUAAGAAGAAAAAGACAAAAAACAAAAAAAUAAAAAAUAAAAGGUAUUUGUUUUA